CUAGUAGUGCUAGUCUCCUCCGCCUGGCUGAGUCAGUGCCUACGUCCUCGCCAGGAAACUGAAAAAGAGUGCCUCAUCGGCAAGAGUUUUUCAGCCCUCGUUCAUUGGCCUCAGACUCAGUGCAGACGGGGAAACAAAAGCUACCGAUUUGUCUCGCAGCUCAGCUCUGUGCAAGAUCAGACAGCAGGUACUACCGGAAGGUGCUUGCACUGGAGCUGGUCCUGGAGGACAGUGAAAGUGGACUACAUGUACUACAUGGCAUUGUAAUACCGCUACACGGGUCCCUGCAGCCGCUCGCAUCAUUUUUGUAUUCAAAUCCAACAUCGGACGACGCGCGGAUAUUGCCGAAAAUGUUCCUUGGCAGGGUGAGAGAUUUGACAGCUCUAGCAUUCAUCCUAAUCAGCGUUCGUGUCCACAGCGCGGAAGGGCAGGAAAGAUGGACAAACAUCCUGACGUUCAAUGCUGCUCUGCCAGGCAAUUCCAAUCUGACCUUGUUCAGCAAUGAGAGGCGCUCGGCCAUUCUUGCGUCGAUCAAUUCCACUGAAAGCGACAAUCCGUGGAGCAGUGCGGAUGUCGUGUGCCUCCAGGAAGUGGUGCUGGAAGAGGAUCGUAACGAGGUUGUCCGCCUCGCCACGGCCGCUGGAUUUACAUCCAUCUUCGCUGAUGGCGUUUUGGAGAGCAGCGCAGAGCUGCAAACGACUGCCUGCAGUCCUGGUGCGCUGGGUGUUGCGGCUACUUGUCUCGCGUCGCACUGUCCGGGCGCGACGGACAUCAGGGGCGUCCUUCCGUGCGCUUUAGGACCGUGCGCCGCGGAUAUUGCUUUUCUUUCUCAGCCGUGUGUCAACUGUUUGAUUGCAUCUUCACUGCCCCUAAACCCCUCUAUCGUGGCCUGUUCAUCGGCUCCCGCUGCACAAUUUGCCAGCAAUCUUGGCCUGAUGGUUCUAAGCAGAAUACCGCUCGCCAACAGUCGUAUUGUCGGGUACGGGAACAAAACGGACGCGUUCCGUAGAGGCUACACACAGUCUGAGCUUCAAGGCGUAGGGACGUUCUUCUGCACGCAUGCCUUUCCCGACAUGCCAGGCAUACCACAGUCCGCGGCGUUGUUCGCUUCCGAAAAUCUCCGGCAGAUGCAAGAUCUGACAGCGGCGGCGCGGGCCAGCUCCAACCCUAUCCUGGCGGGCGAUAUGAACACUGGGCCGGAGAACACGGACACCGGCGUGAUGCCCGAGCUUGAGGCCUCCUACGAUCACAUUCUCGCUCAGGGUUUCUACGGCAUCUAUUCGAACGACUCCAUGGCAACGUGCACGUGGUGCGCUACCAAUGCGGUGGUGGCCAUAACCGCACAGUUACUGAGUCAGCCGGCCGAAAGUCUCAUCAUCGACCAUGUCUUUGUCGACCUUGACGACUUCGAGGUGGAUGAUAACAAAACAAUCAGAGUAUUCGACGAGGCCGUGAUCCCGGUCCCCUUACCGGUCAUCGGUGCAGCUCUCCUGCCGACAUCCGAUCACUACGGCGUACAGGUCAGUGUCCGCGCCAUCAAUCCGCCGGCAACGUCGGAUGCAGCGAAGUCAGGCGCGCUUCUCGCUCUACUGAUUUCAGCCCUGAUAGUGUCCGUUUCGCUCUAGCCGGGCACGUAGCACUCCAAUAGCUUGUAUACUGUAAGGUGUAUUUGGUCACAUUAACUACAAUGCAAUCUGUCCUAUACAGUGCUAAAAAUGCUAUUCUGUGGUAAAUUACGAUGGCACGUGCCACUCGAAUAGCUUGUAUAGUGUAAUUUUGAUCACAUUAACUGCGAUGCAAACCGUUUCCUAUAGAGUGCUAACAUGCUAUUCUGUGGUAAAUUAGGGUGGCACGUGGCACUCGAAUAGCUUGUAUACCGUAAGGUGUAUUUGGUCACAUUAACUACCAUGCAAACUGUCCUUUAGAGUGCUAACAUGCUAUUCUGUUGUAAAUUAAGAUGAUGCGCAUGGUCACGCCGUGCUUGUGCCACCAUCCCUCUAGGACAUUUGUCAAGGAUGCCACUGCUCAGUCCUGUGAGGGUUCUUGGAUCCUUUUUAAGCUAUAGGUAUAGCCUUUGGUGCUGCAUGUCAGCUGCAGGGUUCGCUGGCUACGAUUGGCGUUGCCUUAGUUAAACUAUCUCUACUCUCUUUCUCCCGGAGCGCACAGCAGUGCAUAUUCGCCAUUCCGUAUCAGUAGGCGCAAGUGGGAAACUGAGCUUGCACUCUUGCUGUUCCGUACAUAGAAUUUAGACAGUGGAACGUCUGCAUGGUGGAGAUUUUGCAAUGUACAUCUACCUUCAAAUAAUUUUAAAUUGUAUUUAGUUCAGUCGUGUGACAAAUGUUCUGAAAAGUA